AUGUCAUCGCAAACAAAUGUCAAUACUUCUGUUAUUGAAGAUUUUGAACUGAAUUAUGAAUCAUCGUAUAAAUUUGAAAAUACAAUUGAUUUAAAUAAAUUCGAACUUAUUAUGACACUUGGACAAGGUUCAUUUGGUCGAGUUCUAUUAGUUGUAUCUGAACUAGAUAAACAAAAUUAUGCUCUUAAAGUAUUAGAUAAAUCUCAAAUUGUUAAAUAUAAUCAAAUAAGACAUGUUCAAAGUGAAAUACGUAUUCUUAAUGCAAUUAAACAUCCAAAUGUGAUUUUAAUGUAUUCAUUAUUUAAAGAUAAUUCUUAUAUUUAUCUACUUAUGGAAUAUAUUCCUGGUGGUGAUUUAUUUAAUUAUAUAAAGAGAUUUAAAGUAUUUCAAGAACAUAUUACAUUAUUCUUUGCUGCACAAAUCGUUCUUGUAUUUGAAUAUUUACAUUUUUUUGAUAUUGUCUAUCGAGAUUUGAAACCAGAAAAUAUUCUUGUGGAUAUUCAUGGUUACUUAAAGCUUGCAGAUUUUGGUUUUGCAAAACGUAUUCAACACCGAACAUAUACAAUUUGUGGUACACCUGAUUAUUUCAGUCCGGAAAUAAUUCAAUCGAAAGGUCAUGGUAAAGCAACGGAUUGGUGGACUUUAGGAGCAAGAAUGCUUAUUUCAUUCUAUUAA